AUGAUUUCCGACGACGACCUCUACCGCCUCGCCAUCUUCCUUGGAUCGUGCGCUAUGAUGAUGAUAGUACUCUACCAUUUCCUCGAAGUCAAUGCGAAGGACAAUGCCAUUGAAGGAGAAGUCCCUGAUGUCAAGAAGUCGGUCGAAGGUUCUACUACGGCCGGUGUAACGCCGGCACCGGCUGCCGCGGGGGGCACAUCAGCAAUUGGAGGUGGGAAGGACCGGUAG